UUAUUCUCCCCUCUUUUCAUUCCUUUUAUUUCACUUCAUCUCAACUACUCUUAUUCUAAUUUCUCUUUCUAAGAAACCUCUAAUUUCUUCCUUCUCAACAUGAACAUGGGAGCUUUAAAAGUCUUGUUGAUGGGUAUCUUCACAUUGUUCUCUAUUGUUGAAGCAUAUGGUAGACAUGGUGGUUAUAGUGGUGGAGAAGGAUGGGUUAAUGCUCAUGCCACUUUUUAUGGUGGUGGUGAUGCUUCUGGCACUAUGGGAGGAGCAUGUGGAUAUGGAAAUUUAUACAGUCAAGGAUAUGGUACAAACACAGCAGCAUUAAGCACAGCAUUGUUCAACAAUGGAUUGGCCUGUGGAUCAUGCUACCAAAUAAGGUGCACAAAUGACCCAAAAUGGUGUCUUCCAGGCACAAUUACAGUGACUGCUACUAACUUCUGCCCACCAGGAGGAUGCUGUGAUCCUCCCCUUCACCAUUUUGAUCUUUCUCAGCCUAUUUUUCAGCACAUUGCUCAGUACAGAGCUGGUAUCAUUCCUGUUCUAUACAGAAGGGUUCCUUGUAGGAGAAAAGGAGGAAUAAGGUUCACAGUCAAUGGACAUUCCUACUUCAACUUGGUUUUAAUCACCAACGUGGCAGGUGCAGGAGAUGUUCAUGCCGUUGCAAUCAAAGGGUCAAGAACAGGAUGGCAAGCCAUGUCAAGAAAUUGGGGGCAAAAUUGGCAAAGCAACAAUUAUCUUAACGGACAAUCCCUCUCUUUUAAGGUCACCACUAGUGAUGGUCGUACUGUUGUGUCUUACAAUGUUGCUCCUCCUAAUUGGUCUUUUGGACAAACCUACACUGGUGCCCAAUUCCGUUGAUAAAAAAAUUACUAAUUUCGUUGCAAAAUGACUUUUUAGUCCGUUCGCCUUAUCAUAAAGGAAUUAAGCCUCUAAUUUUAUGAAUAUUAUUUGUCUAUCUAAAAUAGCACCAUUUUAACUUAAAAGUACAAGAACUUUCAAUAUUCUUUCGGUUUUAUUAGUUAUCAAAACAUAAGUUUAGUGUUGGUGUGAGUAAGUAAUUAAACAAAAAUAUAGGGCUUAUUUACAUAGUUACAAAACUAGAGCUCUUUGUAGUGGGGUUAAGAUGGGAUAUGAGGCUUAUUUUAUAUAUGAAGCCUCUUAAAUUCAAGUUACCCAUGUUUUUAGGAUACUUUUGUGACCCAAUUUUUUUUUUUUUUCCUUUUUAGGAGUCCUUAUGCAGUUUGAUAGUUUCGAUGUAAAGAACUAGUUAAAUAAUCUUGCAAUUUGCAGUUUGAAUCUAAGGUUAUAAAUGAGGUUUGUUACUUUAAUGAAAUUCCAAUAUAAUCCGCCUUAUUC